GCAUUCGACUUCCUUACUCGGAUUAGCAAACGGGUGCCUGGUAAUACGAACGAUGCCUCAGAUCGCCAGGCUGGACCCAGCCAAGACCGCAUUCUUUCUCUGUGACUUGCAGACACGCUUCAAGCAAGCGAUAUAUGGCUUCGACGAACUUGUCUUGACCGCCAACAAGAUGCUCAAAGUCGCUAAGCUCUUGAAUAUACCCGUCGUUGUGACAGAACAGAACCCCAAAGGCCUCGGGCCAACCACACCGGAAAUAGAUCUGGAUUCACUUGGUGAUUUGUGCAUCCUGACCAUCGAGAAAGUCCUUUUCUCGAUGAUGGUCCCUGAGGUCAAAACCCAGCUCCAAGAACGACCUCAUAUUAGGUCAGUUGUCUUGUUCGGCAUCGAGUCUCACGUUUGCGUGUUGCAAACUGCCUUGGACCUUCUCGAGGAGGGUUACGACGUACAUGUCCUCGCCGAUGGAGUAUCGAGUUGCAACCGCGAAGAAGUACCAGUCGCAUUGUCUCGAAUGCAACAGGCAGGGGGAUACAUCACCACGAGCGAAAGCGCGGCUUUUCAGUUGCAACGGGGAGCUGGAACGACCCAAUUCAAAGAGUUUGCAAAGAUUAUCAAGGAUGAGAAAGACAACACUACGCGUGCGAUACAGAAAUUGGUUCAGUUGCGCAGCUCACUGUAAACUACACGUACCAAGAGAAUGAAGUGUACUCUUAAGACAUACAGCGUGAGAAAACAGAAGUAAAG